AUGGUUCAACAUUUUGCCUCUAUUAUCUGCGGAUUUGAGGUUGGGAAGACCUGGGUUACACGCUUCGUCCAGCGGCAUCACGAAGCGCUUACUCCACAGUGGACCUCCGCCAUGGCCUCCGAACGUCACGCUGCUGAUUCCUAUAGUAAGUACAGCUUGUACUUUGACAUGUUAGAGCUCAAAAUAAGCGAGAAGGGUAUAGAGCCUGAGCACACAUACAAUAUGGAUGAGAAGGGCUUCAUGAUUAGGAAGAUUGGCAAGCAGAAACGAGUGUUCAGCAGGACAAGCUACAGCAAUAAGCGCUUCCAGCAGGCCUUAGAGGAUGGCAACAGAGAGUGGGUAACGCUUAUAGCGUGCGUUGGGGCUUCUGGAGUCGCACUUCCUCCAGGCCUGAUUAUGGCUGGAGACUCCAGCAACGUCCAAGACGCAUGGGUGCGAGAUAUCAAGCAAUUAAAGCAUCACUGCUUCGUCACAGUCACCCCAAGUGGCUGGAGCAACAACGACGCUGGCCUCAGAUGGCUACAACAAGUCUUUGACGAAGAAACUAAGGCCUCAGCUUGUCGCAAGUGGCAAUUGCUCAUUAUCAACAGUCACAGCAGCCAUAUAAGCCGCUCAUUUCUAACGUACUGUCAUCAACAUAAGAUACUUGUAGCAAUAUUUCCUCCCCACAGUACUCACACGCUCCAGCCAGCCAACAUUGUCCUCUUCAAGCCGCUAUCGACAGCGUACUCACAGCAAUUAACACAGCAGACUCAGCGCUCCAAAGGCUUGUUGCUGGUGAAGAAAGGCAGCUUCUUCUCGUUAUUUUGGCCUGCUUAG